AUGGGUCUCGUUUCAUUCAUCACUGGCUAUAUAGCCCCUAUGUUUAUCAUAAUAUCUCCCAUAACGUCGUAUGCGGAUCAGACAUACUCGAUACAUAGGAACAAGUCCAGUGCGGGAUUUUCUCUGGAUAUCCCUUUGAUCAUGCUUGUAGCAUCGUUCUUGAGAGUUUUUUAUUAUCCUGGAGCCCAUUUCGAUACCUCCUUACUGAUACAGUCAUUCAUUAUGAUUGGGAUGCAAAUCAUGUUGUUGAAGGUUGCGCUUGAUCAUCGACCAUCGCCAUCGUCGAAAGGAGGAGACGCAGCUAUACCAUUUGCUGGGCACAGAGACGGGGAUGGAGCGUCAAGACCAUACAACUUCUGGCAAUGGCGUUCCCCAAAACCUUACUGGCAAUUCCUCCUUUACCUAUUCAUAGCUCUCAUCGCGUGCGAACUCAUUCUCUCUCCAGCUCCAUGGUUCUAUUCCGUCUACUCUGACGCAAUUGGCUAUAUUGGACUCGGCGUAGAAGCCACCCUCCCAAUUCCCCAAAUCAUUGCAAACUACAAAUCUCGAUCCUGCAAAGGUUUCCGUUUUUCAGUCAUGGCCAGCUGGAUUGCCGGUGAUAUAAUGAAGAUGUUCUGGUUUUUUACGGCCACAAGUGCUAUACCAUGGGCUUUCAAAAUUUGCGGAAUGUUCCAGAUGUGCUGCGAUUUAUUCUUGGGGUUGCAAUUUUGGAUGUAUGGAGAUGGUGAUGGAAAGAAGAAGGAUGAUGACUUUAGAGCACCAAUUGGGGAGAAAGAUGGCCGGUUAUCAUGA